AUGGCGGGCCGCCGAGCGACGAUGGCGUGUUUCCGCGCGAUGUCGCGCGUGCAGUGCGCGCCGCCGAGCGUCGCGCGCGCGGCGCACGGCGCCGCGUCGCGCGCGGCGGGGGCGAAUCGAUCCGUCGUCGCGGGAGCGAGGGACUCGGCGACGCGGUCGUUCCUGACGGGCGGCGGCGCGGGCGCGGGCGGGGGGGCGGGCGGCGCGACGGCGGGCGCGCGCGGCGCGAUGCGAGCGCUCGCGGCGUGCGUGCCCUCGGGUCCGAGCGGGACGAAAGCGCAGCUCGCGGCCGCGCGGGUGUUGAUGCACGACGACGCGAUGGAACGCGCGCUGUUCGGUGAGGGGGACGACCUGGAAGACACAUGA